CGCGAAUCCAAGAACCUUUAUUCUUUCACCUUCAUUCUAUCUUCAAGUUGGUAUCGAUGUUCCCAUAAUGCCAAGAGAAAUUAUCACGGUUCAGGCCGGCCAAUGCGGCAACAGCAUUGGUAGUCAGUUUUGGCAGCAGCUGUGCCAGGAACAUGGCAUAAGCCAGGAUGGGAACCUAGAGGACUUUGCGACCGAAGGCGGGGAUAGGAAAGACGUGUUUUUCUACCAAUCUGAUGAUACGCGAUACAUCCCCCGAGCUAUAUUGAUCGACCUAGAACCUCGUGUUAUCAACGGAAUCCAAUCAGGCCCUUAUAAGAAUAUCUACAACCCUGAAAAUUUCUUCGUUGGCAAAAACGGUAUAGGGGCUGCGAAUAAUUGGGGAGAUGGGUAUCAAACAGGAGAGCUUGUUCAUGAGGAUGUCAUGGAGAUGAUUGACCGAGAGGCCGAUGGGAGCGAUUCGUUGGAGGGCUUUAUGAUGCUGCACUCAAUAGCAGGAGGUACUGGAUCAGGUCUGGGCUCUUUUCUCUUGGAAAGGCUGAAUGAUCGCUUCCCCAAGAAGAUCAUCCAGACGUACUCGGUUUUCCCAGACACGACCAAUUCUGGCGACGUCGUAGUCCAUCCUUACAACAGCUUGCUCUCUAUGCGGAGGUUGACACAGAACGCCGAUUCGGUGGUCGUUCUUGAUAAUGGUGCAUUAUCCCGUAUUGCGGCAGACAGAUUACACGUUCAGGAACCGUCGUUCCAACAAACGAACCAACUGGUAUCUACAGUCAUGUCAGCUAGUACUACUACCCUCCGAUAUCCUGGUUAUAUGCACAACGAUCUGGUCAGCAUCGUUGCAUCCUUGAUCCCGACCCCGCGGUGUCACUUCCUCAUGACUUCUUAUACACCCUUCACGGGCGAUAGUGUCGAGCAAGCUAAAACUGUUCGCAAAACCACCGUCUUGGAUGUGAUGCGACGACUCCUUCAACCAAAGAACAGAAUGGUCUCCACUAUACCUGGGAAGAAGAGCUGUUAUAUUUCCAUUUUGAACGUCAUCCAAGGUGAUGUUGAUCCUACCGAUGUUCACAAGAGUCUUCUUCGGAUCAGGGAGCGCAGACUUGCAACUUUCAUCCCUUGGGGACCUGCGAGUAUUCAAGUCGCUUUGACCAAGAAAAGCCCAUAUAUCCCAAUGAAUCAUCGGGUCAGUGGGCUCAUGUUGGCAAAUCACACCAGUAUCGCUACACUUUUCAAGCGUAUUGUACGACAGUACGACGGUAUGCGGAAACGAAAUGCUUUCAUGGAAGGUUACAAAAAAACGGCUCCCUUUUCCGAUAACCUCAACGAGUUUGAUGAGGCGAGAGAGGUAGUGACAGAUUUGAUCGCGGAGUAUGAAGCUGCAGAAGAUGCAGAUUACCUUAAUCCCGAUGCAGGGGAGAAGGCACCGGCAGGAGAGGCAGGAGAUAAGAGACUCCCAUGAAUCAAGUAAGGGAUGCAGCACACUGAAUGAGGUAGUUUGGAGUCAAGGUGAAGGUGGGCAUAUUUUGGCCGGGCGGCGUCUACUUAAUGGAUGAUUAACGAUACCAGUUACCAAAACUGACAGCACAGCACUGAACGUCCACUGCUUUUG